AUGACUUACCACCUUCCGCUGGUCGUCCCCGCUGUCGGGUUCUUCGCCCUCCUCCUCCUCAAUAUUCUCGUCCGUCUUAUCCGGCUCGCCACCGGACGACAGCACCUCAGUCCCCCGCCCGGCCCCAGACGACUGCCGUUGAUCGGGAACCUGCACCAGUUGGUCCAGAGCCACCCAUGGCUGGAGUUCCAUCGCUGGAGCAAGACCUACGGGCCGGUGAUGUAUCUAGAUAUGCUUGGACAGCCGAUAGUCGUGCUAUCCACAUACGCCGCGGCGCAGGACUUGCUCUCGAAGCGUGGCGCGCGAUACUCGGACCGCCCACGAUCUAUCUUCUUCAACGACCUCGCUACUCGGGGCAUGCACCUCGCAGCCCAGCCAUAUGACGACACAUUCCGGCUCCACCAGCGGCUGCACGCACCGCUGCUCAAUCCGAGUGCCGCGGCCCGUUACCGUACUCUCCAAGAUAUCGAGUCGACACAACUACUAGCGGACCUCCUAGCGGGAUACGAUCGGGACGGAGAGAAAGGAUUGGCUCCUAUGUCCUUAUUUCAACGAACGGCAGCUAGCAUGAUCUACGCACUGCUCUACGGGCAGCGGCUGCAUACGGAUACGGAGCCGCGGCUCAUCCGCGCAAUCCAAGUGCAGGAGACGUUCGUGAAGGAGUCGGCCUUCGGCGGGCACCUGAUCGACCUGUUUCCGGCGCUCAACGCUCUGCCGCGCGCGCUCGCGCCCUGGAAGGCCCGCGGCGACCGCCUGUACGCCGCGGAGCACGCCCACCACGUCGGCAACCUCGACCGGGGGCUGGCGCGCCCCGGCUGGAAUUUCUCCAAGCACAUCAGCCGCGCGGCCGCAGCCGCCGAGGCCGAGCCGCCGCACGGCAAAGGCCACCUGUCCGCCGAGGCCGUCGCCUGGAACAUCGGCAACAUCGCCGACGCCGCCUUCGACACCUCCGCCACCGCGCUCGAGUGGUUCGUCCUCACGUGGGUGACGCGGGGUGCCUCGCACAUGGCCGAGGCGCAGCGCGUCCUCGACCGGGUCGUCGGCCGCGGCCGGCUUCCGACGUACGAUGACCGGCCGCGCCUGGUAUAUAUCGACGCCAUCAUCAACGAGACGCUGCGCUGGCGCCCGUUCGUCACCGGCGCGGUGGCCCACGCGACCCUCAAGGAAGACACGUACAUGGGCUACCGCAUCCCGGCGGGGUCCAUCGUGGCGCCCAACUACUGGGCCAUAUCGCGCGACGAGUCCGUCUUCGGGCCCGACGCGGACUCGUUCGUGCCGGAGCGCUGGCUCGCCGCCGCCGCCCCGGACGAGCCCGAGGCCCAGCGGGGGGACGAGGAGAAAGAGGCUCGCGUCCUGCUGCGGGACCUCCCGCUGACGCUCUUCGGCUUCGGGCGCCGCAUCUGCACCGGCCGCCACGUCGCGCGCAACGGGCUCUUCAUCGCGGCGGCGCGCCUGCUCUGGGCGUUCGAUGUCGAGUUGGCAGACGACGACGACGACGGCGACGCCGGGACGCCCGAGGCAGCCGCCGCCCGCCGCGCCCGCCGAGUCGAGGAGCUCGCCGCCGAGACCGCCUGCAACAACGACGUCAUGUUCCGCCCGCUCCCGUUCCGGGCCGUGUUCCGCCCCCGCGGCCCCUGGGUGCGCGACCUCCUCGCCGAGCACCGCCACGACUACGAGCACGUCGACCUCGUCGCGCUCCUGGACGAGGCGGCCAUCGCCACGGCUGAGACCCAGGGCGUGGUGUGA